AUGUCUUAUCAAAAAGUUCAGAAUUUUAAAUGCCGAUGUCCACUUAUACUUCCUGGUGCAUAUGGUCUUAACGAAUCUCAUCAGAUACCAAAUACUCCAUGUGAUCGUUCAUCAAACGAUGUUUUUCUUAAUCAACAUCUUCAAUGGUAUCAUAAUUUCGAUAGUGUCUCUGCUCGAAAAUUAGUUCGCGCUAUUUGUAAUAAUAUCAAUCCAAAUGAACAUUUAUUUACAACACAUGAAGUUGUACUUAAACAAAACAUAUCUGUUGAAAAUUAUAAAUGUAAAUGUCCACUAACACAUGAUGGUGUGUUUGGUUUAUCAGAUGAACAUGAUAUAACAAAUAUUCCAUGUGGACGAGCUGAUAAAGAAGUUCUAUGUUUUCAACAUUUACAAUUUCAUCAUAAUUUAUCUUCUCGUGCGGCGAAAAAAAUAGUUCAAGCAUUAGUUUCAUAUACACCUAAAGUAACACAACUUUUUCAUAAUAAUGAUCUUAUAACACAAUCAAAAUGUGCUGUAAGAAAACUUAAAAGUAAAUGUCCACUUCUAUCUCGACAUAUCUAUGGUUUACAUGAACAACAUCAUGUACCAAAUAUUCCUUGUGAUCGUGCUGAUCAAGAUAUAUUUUUAUUUCAUCAUUUAACAUAUUUUCAUAAAUUAAAUGCUAAAGCAGCAACAAAAUUAAUUCGAGCAUUAAUUAUGAAUAAAGAUCCACUGGAACCAAUAUUUUAUUCGAAUGAUAUUAUUGUUGUAUCAGAUCAAGUCGGAAAUUCUCGACAAGAUAAAGUAAAAUCGAAAUCUAAAACGAAAAAUUAUCCACAAAAUAUGGUUGAUUUUUCUACACAUUAUCAAACUCUUCUCAACGCGAUUCAUACCACGAAUUUUUCAACAUCAAUUAAUAAAAAUUCAACAGAUAAAUUUGAUACUAGUAUGAUGCCACUUGAUUGCAGUAAAUGGAAACAACAAUCUUGUCAAAUACCUUUUCCAUAUACAACAACCGAUAUGGCUCAUGCACAUGAUCUCGAUUUGGAUUCUUUUCUAAAUUAA